AAUUGCAGCCAAUCCUCGGGCUUGCCAGCGCAGCGACGUCGACAAGCCCCGACAUCCCACCCUCCACGCAACCCCAGCUUGCCCGCAUGGAACAUCGACGAUCUCUGGAACCCGCAAAUCCUGUUCGCUCCAGAGGCGUGUGCAGAGUAGCCAGCCCGACGGGAGCUGCCUGAGAGCGAGAGUGAUGGGACGAGGAACGAGGACGACACCAUGGACCAUGGCAGUCUCGGAGACGAGCCUGUCUCGCGCCCCGGCCCGCUCCUCGACCACUUUGACUUCACCCGCCGUCACGUCCAGAACGGCCCUGAAGAUCAAUUGCUGCACUCGCACUUACCGCACCACUCGCAGCCGCAGUACCUCGACCGCUUCGACGAGUCUCUCAGCCCGCACGCCGCCACAAAUUCACACCCUUAUUCCGCCAAUGCCAUCGCUCCCGCUCCCGCUCACCAUCUCGAGAAUUCUCGCGCUUCCGCCGAUGACCUUGUAGACCCGUCCGAUUUCUACCGCAGCUACCAAAACCAAAACAAAAACCAAAACCAAAACCAGAGCCUGCAACAAUCCGGGAAUGUCUCGUCGCCAGUGAAGGAUCCCAUGGCGCCGACCGCGUCAAGCAGUACCCGGCAGACGCCCUCGGCGCGGUCAAACGGGAACGGGACGACGCCAAAACACCCCGCCGUGCCAGCAACCCACCGAACCGCCCUCCGACCGAGCCAGCGUUCCGCGUCGAACCCGGUCGACAGCCGAAGUGGGGGAAACUUGGGGAAUGGCGCGGCGCGGGCAGCAGGGAACGGCCACGGCACAGUCCAGGCUGCUCCACUGAGCGUGAGGGAUCUCAAAAAGAAAUUUGACCAGUCAACAUCACAGACCGCCUCGACCGGCCGAAAGCCCGCCCCGAGAACCGCAACCCGAGACACGGCUUCCAGCAGCGUCCAAGGGAGGUCACCCGGUGUCGGGAGCGGUACGACCUCACACGGCUCACCGAGGACGACUGCGGCACGAGACACAGGACGCGACACGAGUAAAUCCUCCGGCGCUCGAAGUUCGCAGCGGCCGAGAACUGGUGCCGGAGACCAGACGUCCAGCAGUGCGCAAUCGUUUGCUAGUAGGAUAUCGAAGCCUCGCGCCGCCGGCUCUACAAAUGCGCACGGGUCCAAGUCCAUGACAACGCUCGCGUCGGGUGCGGGGACUGAGUCCUCGAGCACCCGACCUGCUCCGCCGCGCCAAAACGGCCUCCUGUUUGGCGAGAUCCUGCCGGAGCUCAGCGACUCGGUUACGCCAGGCUUCGGCAUUGAGACGGUCCGACCGAGGAGAACUUCCGAGUCCAACGCCAUCAACCCCGUGCGGACACAAAUGAGGUCCCUCUCGGAUCCAGACAUCGAGCCCCCGUCACCAACCGAUUGGUACCGGGCGGCACACCCAGCGCACCAAGAGAGCACGGAACAUCAUGCCUCAAGGUCGGCGAAGGGCCAGCAUACUCGAGCCCAGAGUGACCUUGCGGGAUCAAAAUUGACAUUGAGUCGGCCAGAUCAUAUUGUGAGCAGCAGGCACGAUGUCGACUCGCCCAUCUCACCCACGUCGCCGGCAUCGCCAACAUCGCGCCUUCCAAGACCGACGAGAAGGCUAAACGAUACCUUGAACGAUGCCUCGAGCCAUGGCAGCCCCGCAUCGACACGCUCAAGCUCCCCUUCUACCUUCAAGCAUUCUACCACAAGCGGGAGGAGCUCGCGCCAGCAGGUGUCGUCAGCUUCCCGCGCCAGGACACCCUCGAAGAACCCGGCCAGCCGGAUCAAGCCACCCUCUCACAUCCCCAGCCCCCGAAAACCUCCACCAGCCAAUAUAUCAACCCGGCCGAGUAGCCGGCUCAAUGCCUACGUCUCUGUGCCCGCACCCAAGCUAUCGCCUAGCCUUCGCAGCUCUCGCCCCCGGCAGUCGGUUGCCACGGCUACGACGGCAGCUUCGAGAAUGCGCGCGACAGAGAGAGGCGCCUCACCUUUGAGACAGUCGCGGUCCGCGGCAAAGCCAGAGGAAUCAGCUCCACGGAGGCGCAAGGUGUCCAUGGGACAGAUAGAUUUUGCCCAGCGACGGGAAACCAUCAAGCUCGCCUAUAGCAAGUCGGUUCGGGAGAGUCAAGCCUUGGAGGCCAGGCGGGUGGCAGCAGAGAAGAGAAAGAAGGAGCUUGCCGCGGUAGCCAGGGCAAAAGCUGAGGCAGAGGCGGCCACUCUGGCGGCAGUUACUAAUGCCACGUCUGCUUCCGAUGUCGAUGCGGAUGCCGAUGCCGAUGCCGAUGCAACACCACAUAACGAGCCCGCGGACAGCGACGGGGGGCUGGAAACGUCGACAGGUAAAGAAGAACCGGAAAUAGAGGAACUACAGGACGCCGCACCAGAUCUAUCCACACCCCAGCCACCAGCGGAAGAAUCCAAUGCCCUCCACGAAUGUCGGCCUCUCAGACUAGAAAUACCGGGCAGCUUUCCCGGUGCUGGGUCUCCGGAAUUGGAUCAAGGCGAAAUCCCGCUGUCCGCCGUCUCCAUGGCCAGCGGGGUUACAGAGUUCGACCACGAGGUGCAGACUGAGCCCCCCAAGCAGGAAGGCACCUCUGCCAUCGAUGACGCCUUGGGAGUGAUUAUACCAAGCUUGACACAGGACCCGCAUAAGCCGGAGCCUCUCGAGCGGCCACGGCCCGAGGAACCCGCCGUUCCGGUCUUGCGCAGGAGAUCAUCCUAUCAUGACCCGUUCGAAGACGACGAGGACGACGAGGGCGACGGCGUCUCCAUAAAGAUAUCUCUCGAUACCUCUGCCCCUGAGCCGCAACCAUCUCCCGAGCUCACACCAACCCGCACGACCUUCGAUCCCGGGCCCGAGCCUGCUGCCACUCCUGCUCCGGCCGAAGACGACGAAUAUGUGCCGCAGCCGUACACUUUCCCGUCCGAGAGUUACGAGACAAAGGUCACCAUUCUAGACCCUAAUAAUGACUUCAAACCGUUGCACAAUGAGCUGCCGCAUUCAACCGUACCUCAGACCCCUUAUCCUCGGCCAGAUGAAUCUCCCGCCAACGACCGUCCUGAGAUCAUUGCCUCCGAGCCGCCGCCGCAAGUCGAUGUCCGGUUGGGAGAAUCCGGGAGUGGGAUCGAAAACUUGGAUCGCAUUGAGGACUUUUACAUCGGAUCCCGCUUGCGCGACAACGUUGCUGCUCUGCGUGACUCAACCUUCACCUCCUCGGAUUCUGGCACGCCCCUUGAUGGUCACCUCUCCCCAGCUGAAUACCAAAAGACUCCAGACACCUCACACAGUCUGACUGUACCCGGAUUGCUGGCACCUGGCAAUCGGUUAAGCCAACAUUCUGCGUGGACCGACUUCUCAAUAGGGAGCGAAGACCACGAUCUUGGCAACCACAGUUCUGCGUCGCAACCUCGCGAGCAUCCACCUCGCGAGGCGGGUGGGUCGCUUAGGAUCAUACCCUCUACGGGUGAUCUCAGCACCUGUGCUUCAAGCCUAGGAGAUCUCACCCAAAGCCCGGAGACAGCACCGCCGGACAAACCCGGCGCUGCUUCCUCUCCUAUGCUACCCGACUUUCCAGCCGAGCAUCGACAGUUCCCGGAGUUUCCCACCGUCAGCAGCUUCACGCUUUGCAACGGGUCGGAAUCUGGAAGCAUAGCGCCGUCAUCAAGGCGUGCUCCUUCCCAACCCUCCCAUAUACCUCCAUCCGAGCGUGACUACGACCGAGACAGCACUCUGCACCUCGGAAGCCGGCCCAGUAGCUACGUGUACAGCCACGACGCGAAAGGCGACCGUUCCGAAGCCACCUCAGCACCUCAAUCCGUUUCGCACAUGCGGCUUGACUCGCUGGACCCGUCCCGGGUUUCGCUAAGUGAUACACUGUAUGAGAGACAAACCCCGCUGACAGAAAAGGAGCAAGAGGAGCAGAAGCGGCUCCGACAGAGGGAGUUGGUCAUUCGGGAGCUCAUCGACACGGAGGAUGCCUUUGUCAGGGACAUGACCGUGGUCGAGGAGAUCUACAAGGGCACCGCCGAGGCAUGCCCAAACUUGGACAGCAAGACCGUCAAGGUGAUUUUCCGGAACACGGACGAGAUUAUUGCUUUCCAUGCCACCCUUCUCGUCGAAUUCAAAGAAGGCGCAUCGACCGUGUAUACCCCCAAGGGGAGAAGGUCCCCUCCUCCGAACCUGAAUGGAAAGGAUUCCGAUUCCGCGACGCUCAACUCAGUCAUGUCUGCAAACAGGCCGGAUCGGGAGGACGACAAGGACCGGCUUACCUCUCUCGGCCCCGUGUUUUCCAGGAAUAUCGAGCAAUUAAAGGCGGUGCACGAGGUGUAUCUGCGGUCUAGCGACCACUCGACCAAGCGCCUUGUGCAGAUUCAGGAAGACAAGACCGUCAACCUCUGGCUCAACGAAUGCAACGAAGUGGCGAAAGAGCUGACAACGGCCUGGAACCUGGACUCGCUGCUUAUCAAGCCCAUGCAGCGCAUCACCAAGUAUCCCGACAUCAUCACCCACCUGCUCAAAUACACCCCGGAGGAUCAUCCGGACCGUGAAGCGCUCGUCCGCGCGAGGACGGCGGUGAUUGAAGCAAUCGACGAGAUCAACAAGACGAAAAAGAACUUUGAGCUCGUGGGGCAGAUUGUCAGCAACAGGAAACGCAAGGAAUCGGAUGUCAAAACUGGAUUAGCAAGGGCCUUUGGCAAGCGUGUCGACAAACUCCAGGUGUCGGGUGCCAAGACGCCCGAAGACGACGAGUACCAGCGGCUUCAGCAGCAAUUCGGGGACGACUACGUCCAGCUCCAGCUCGUGCUGCGCGACGUGGAGUUCUACACCAGGGAUGUGGCGACAUACGUCCAUGCCUUCCUUCAGUAUCUCUCCUCGAUGGAGCUCGUCAUGCGACUGCAGCCAUCCCGUGACUAUGCUCACCUGGAGAGUAAAUGGGUGCAGUUCAACGUGUCAAUGAGAGACAUUGAGAAGAUCGCGUUGGAGAGACACCUCGCCGAUGUUCGGAAACAUGUCAUUGAGCCAUUUGAGCAGGUCAUCAGGUGUUACGGUAACCCCAACCUUGCCAUGAAGAAGCGAGCCAAGCGGCGCCUCGAUUACGAAAAGUACAUGGCGCUGAAGGCCUCCGGCAAGAAGAUAGACAAGCAGCUUGCUGAGCUGGUCGAGCAGUACGAGGCGCUCAACGAUACGCUGAAGAAGGAGCUGCCGAAGCUUUCAGCGAUGACUGCCCAGGUGGGCAACAUCUGUCUGGGCAAAUUCAUCAGUAUCCAGGCGGCUUGGUAUAAGAUCUGGAAGGAGAAGGUGAAAGCACCGCUCCAGGACGUCACACAUGUCCCCGAGCUCUCCGAGAUCGUGUCCAGCUUUCAGCGGGAGUUUGCGUUGCAAGAGGAGAGGGUCAUGACUCUGGGCAUCGUCAGCCACACGGUUAAAGGCCGUGCUUCUCAGUCAACCGCGGACGACGCCUCCAUCCUCUCCAAGACGCGGUCACGACCCAGCGACAUCACGUCGCCCCGCUCAAGAGGGUUGUCCAUCAACAGCGACUACGUCCCAACAUUACCGACGCCCGAAUUUGCUAAGCGCAACAGCGGGCAGUUCAGCCUCUCGCCCGCGAGCAGCGCCCUACCGAGCCCAGCAAACUACUACCGAGACUACUACUCCGGCGUCAACGGCCAAGUCCGUGGCGCUUCCGGAUCGCCCAUCACGUCGGCCGAUGCCACCGCCAGCGGAUCCCGGCCGGCCACUUCUGCCAUCUCACCUGUUGCACGUCCCAACACAGGUCGCAGCCUCGAUCUAGCUAGCCUUCCGCGCCAAAGCUCCGAGUCGACCCCGGCCAUGUCUACCAACAACCUGCGUGAUUCGAACUCAACCUUCAACUCGAGCUAUCCCCCCGGUGCUGGCGCCGGUGGCAGCUCGGAGCAACACGCUAGGCGUCUGUCGGGCUUAUUCAACUCGGCCCUGCCGCUGCCGGACGGACCCGAGGAAAGCGUACGCUCGUCACGGGCCUCCUCAAGGGAGAGAGGAGGCGGCAACGCAUACAAUGUGCUGUGGCUCGCCGCGUCGUUGUUUGAGUUCAACAUUGAGAAUACCAAGCACGAGGCAGGGUACCCUUAUCUGACGUACCAAGCCGGGGAGAUUUUUGAUGUCAUCGCCGAGAAGGGCGAGUUAUGGCUAGCCAAGAACCAGGACGACCCCCACAAUGUGGUCGGCUGGAUAUGGUCCAAGCAUUUCGCGAAGUUGGCAGAUUCAUGACCAAGCCUAACCACAACAAUGGACGACACGACACUUAUGAGGGAUGAUGCUCGAGAUGUUUUACAGGGUCUCCUGCGAAGCAAGGAACAGACCCGUCCCACAAUGCAU